AUGGGCGUAGAUAAUUUGAGUUAUGUGAGGUCGACCGACGACUUGGAGAUGAGUGAAAAAGGCCAGACCGUCAAGGUGUGGGACAAGGCGGUCAGUUACGAGGAGGCACUAGAUUUAACUGGUCACGGCAGAUACAACUAUAGCCUUCUCUUCGCUUGCUUUAUGAUCAUCGUCGCAAUGGGUAUCGACAUCUUUGGGCUGGGCAUCAUCGCGACCGCCGCCACCUGCGACCUGGGCAUGACCAUUAAGGAGAUCGGCAUACUGUCCUCUAUGCCGUUCGCGGGAAUCAUCGUUAUGUCAUACCCAUGGGGCUACCUGUCGGACACACGCGGCAGGAAGCUGGUGCUGAUGUGCUCAAUGUGUGGCAGCUUCGUGAGCGCAGUCCUGAGCAGCUUUGCUCGAAGCUGGCAAGUGCUUGCUGCACUCCGAUUCCUCAGCUCGGCUAUGUCGAGUGCCGCAGAAUCCGCGACGUACGCCUUCCUGGGGGAAUGCUGCAACUCCAGAUCCAGGGCGCGCUACAUGCUCCUGAUGACCAGCGCCCUGAUGUUGACACCCACCAUUUAUUACAUUUGGGGCUACUUAAUCACCAAGCUUGACUUCACUAUCCCAAUGCUGGGCAUAGAUUACCGUCCCUGGCGGCUGUUGACUCUUGUGAUGGCGCUGCCGUUAGGUCUUAGCGCAAUCUUGCUGUACUUCUUCAGCGAGAGUCCCAAGUUCCUUGCCAACGUUGGCCGAAGCCAAGAGGCCGUGGAAGCCCUGCGGAGGAUAUAUGUGGGGAACGGCGGACAGGCGGAGAAGUUUCCUGUCAAGGACAUCUAUUUGGAGGAGGGCAGCAAAGAGAGCGUUGCCACCUUCUCGCUGCACUCACUCUGGACACAGAUAGCGCCUCUCUUCAAGCCGCCUCUGCUAUGGAGGACGCUCCUCCUCUAUUAUCUCACCUUCGUUGUUUAUAUCGCGAACAAUAGCUUCGCCAUCAUCCUGCCGACGAUCCUGAACGUGUUCUUCACGUCGUACGCCAGCGGCGGGGCGAACCUCGCUUUCUGCGAGCUCUUCAACAUGGCCGAUAGCGACAAUUCCACCGUAACCGAACAGUACAAUAGGGAGGACUCUGAGUGCCAAGGAACGAUUAUGGACAACACGAUAUGGGCCGGCUGCGCCCACGGACUCUCCUUCUUUCUUCUCAACGCUCUCAUAUCUCAGUGCGCAAGGAGGAGAAAGGUGCUGACCAUCAGCAUCCUGCUGGUGUCCGCUGCGGCGGCGGUCGCCGUCGACCAGACGGGCGAGCCACUCUCCGGCCUCAUCUUCUUCUACGUCUUCCUCACCACCGCCAUGGUGUUCGGCGUCGUGUCCUCCUACUUCGUGGACCUCUACCCCACCUCCUACAGGGGCAUGGUGGCGUGUCUGGGAAUGAUGGUGGCGCGGCUGAGCGCGUUCGCCGGCACCAACCUCGUCAGCAGCACCAUGAGCCAGCACUGCUCCGUGGCGCUCUACGGCGCGGCCGGUCUCGUUGUCAGUGGUGCUGUCGCCGCAGCAUUGCUACCCGCCGACGUGCUU